GGUCAGUUCAACGUUGACCGUGAAGGGUUUGUGAGUUAUUAACGGUUUAGUUAAGUAUGGGCCAGCGGUUUCAUCCAGUGUUAGUGCUGGCAGCACUGCUGGUGGCCACUGGAUGUUCAGCUAAGCGGAGUGCUGACUAUGCGGUUAAUGUGAGGCAUGGAGCAUUUGAGAUUCAUCAGAAACAUGUGAACGUGAAACCUUUUACAGAGUCGAGCCUCGAGAAGGCGAAAAUGAUGGGUAGGAAUAAUUCUCAGAUAGGCUACAGGAAGGAGGUUUCUUUUUCGGGAGAAACUUACGAACCACGCAAGGAUAAUCGUAAGAGCGGUGAAAAAAUGAUCAUGAAGGAGAUAAAGACGACCAAAAUGAGUGGAUUCAGAAGUCCGGGAUAUUACAGUGGACGAAGCAGUAGAAGUUCAAAAAUGGGGAAAAAUAACAUGAGUUGGAGUUAUGUUACGCCAUUUGCGUCUAGUGAUAUGAGUGUUACACUUCCACCAAUGCCAAAACCACAAGGGUUUCGAAGCUACGGACAAAAGUACGGAAAAAGGACUCUUUCGUCAAAAUUUUCUUCUCAAAAAGAAAACAAAACUACAACAACAACCACUUCACCAACUACUACCUCGACAACGACAACAACAAAGGCGCCCUUUCGUGAAACGCCAAAGCAACCAAAAACGCCCUUUCGUGUCAAUGCCAAAAUCCCGACGACUCCGGCGCCUCCGCAAGAAAACAAGUGGGUUCCAUCGACAGCACGGUACAAAAACUUCGUCACAACACAAGCGCCACACGACUACAUCAACGAGAACAAAACGCUUCCCGAGCUCGUCAAUCAAAUCGAUCAAAACCCGAUCAUCAUCCAAAUCACAAAUUCGCAAAAAGCAGGCAUCAAAAAAGAAAAGCAAGAAGAGCCGAGUAGUCCGAGUCCAACGGAAGCGUCCAAAGAAGAACAAAACGAUACUGUAUUUAUCGUAAAUACUGCAUCGCCAACCGUGAAUCCUAACAUCCUGAUCAACAAUCCCCAGCUUCGGAUUCCAUCCGCAAAUGGACAGAUCAAUGUCGCGUCUACUGCAAGUCCCGUUACGCCAACUUCAGCCAGUUUUGUAACGCAGUCAUUCCCGGUUCAGAAUGAAAUGAUGGAUGAAAUCUAUCUGCUGGUCAAGUACGAAAAACCUCGAAAUGGAGGAAAGCCUAAGGCUGAUGUGGUAGAAAUUAUCGGAGGACUAACCAAUCUGGAUCAGACCAAGCUACCCCGCCGAGCUCGCAUUGGCUUUGAACUAAUGGACGGUUCCAAAGUAGCUGUCCACAAUCCUCCGAACGUCAAUGUAAAUAGAGUUGAGGUUUCAACCGUCGGUUAUUCCGUUAGCGAAAAUUUAGCUGGGGAUACUGUUACUACACCAUCUCCUCUGCUCAUAUCUCCUUCCAGCAAUCCAAGCAGUGCCGAAGAAGGCCCUCAACCGCUCCAGAGUGAAGCAUACCAACAGGAUUCCCUAGCUAAAAAAUAUUUUCAGCAAAAGAGUGGAAUAUCAGCGCUUCAACACAAUACCCUCGAUUACGUGCCUUCAAGCACACCAGCCACCAUUCUGGAAAUAGAAGAACAAAAGUCUUCUCAGGAAACACAGGAUGAGUUCGUCCUCCCCAGCAAAGAAUGGGAGUUGAGCCAUGACCAAGGAAAACAACCGCAACAGUUCCAGAUCACUCACACUCAGGAACUGCAGCCUCAAAUCCAGGCAGUUCCGGUUAUCCAAGCACCUACACAUUUCCCAGUGGCACAAAACGCCUGGUUCCGACCUCAAGCAAUGCCAAUCCAACAGCAUCCAGUAUUCUUGCAACAGUACCCAUCACUACCCUUGAUUCAAUAUCAACCGAUCGUGACCCAGCCACCCCACUGGUUGGUUAGCCAGAUACCAACUCGUCUACCCGAACCACCGCAACCUACUCCGCAGCAGUUGGUGGAACAGCAGCAGCAACAGCACGAGCACCUUGUCCAACAACAGCAAAUUCUGCAACAGCAGUUCCAACAGCAGCAGCAGCAACAACAGCAACAGCUACAGAUUCAGCAGCAGCAACAAGCUCAGCAACAACAGCAAGUUCAGCAGCAAAAGCAACAAGAAGCACAACAGCAGCAGCAUCAGCAAAAUCAGCAACAGCAGCAGCAACCUCAACCACAACCUCCGAACCCCGCCACCAAUGAAAUCUUCGAUCGAAGCUUCAAAAGCAUAGAUCACGGUGGCAACUCGUUGCAGCAGGAGUCGCAGGAGCUGGAUAGCCCGCUGCUUCGCGAUAGCUACGGAAAUUUUGUCAGCGACGACUACCAAGACUACGACGAAUCGUCUAGCAGCGGUGCCAACGGGAGCAGCAGCAACAACCAGAACAGUGGCGCCCGUCGUCCGGAUACGGGUCAUUUUGGACCGAUCGGAGGAGCAUUCGAAUCGCUCGAAGAUCUGAAUUCUACGACUGACCCGCUGGAAAUGACAAGUUUUCUGGUUGCACGUAACGGUGGGCUAACGGUCGAACAAUUCAAUCAACUGUUCAAAGAAUAUCUUACCAAGGAGCUGACUCAAAGUGAAAUUGACGAUUACGAGCGACGAUUGAGUGCGGCACUGGUACCGAACAUACCGGCUGAUCCGGAAUCCCUCGGUUUGGGAGCGUAUCGGCAACAGGAAAGGGCGAAUGGAGGGGAAUCCGAAAUUCUUAGCGAGCUACUCGAAGGAGAUGACGACGAGGAAGAAGAGGAAGACGAGACAGACUACGGUGGUUUGAACGAACUGCCUCCGGUUUCACCGGGAGCGCAAGAUCAGAGGGACGCUAUCAACGUACAAAUCAACCGGGCUGAAGGUCAUCACGAACCGAUAGUUAAGAUUGGCUAUGGGAGUUCAAAGUCCCACCAAGGGGUGUACAAAUCUCAAAAGUUCUACAAAAAGGUCAAAGAGUCUAGUUCUGAGGUCGGGAACAAUCAACAGGGUGGAUCAUCCGCUAAGCGAAAGGAAACCGGAAAACCACAAGAGCAAAACAGUAAGUCGCCAAAUCAAUCGGAACAAGAUAAAAAAUCAAGUAAACGGGAGGGAAAUAAGCAGCAAGAUGCUAGUGCAAGCAGAAGCUAUAAGAACGUAAGUGGCCAUCGAGAGGAAGGAGGACAAAGUUAUAUUAAGGUUGCAAAGUUCCACUGAAACAGACUGACAGCUGAUCGAUAAAUUAUUGUAGGGAUCAGUUUUUGUUAUUUUUUUGUAGCGCGAUAGUUGCAGUUGUUAAGUGUGUCAAUAAAUCGAAUUUAAUAAACGAA